AUGCUUUACUUGACUUCUGAUGCAUUUCCAAUAUUCGUCCCUUUUGGUGUCAUUGGCUUCUACCGAUACCUCUGGUACCUAAUUCGCGUAACCGCUUCUGUCGUCUACCGCCCAGUCCCACUACCCGAAAACCCAACCUAUAUCGCCUCGGAAGAUGUUACCAUCAUCGUGCCCACAAUCGACGCCGGCGAGGAAUUCAAAGAAGCUGCGAACAGCUGGCUCGUCGGCAAGCCCAAGGAAAUCCUUAUCAUCACGGAGGAAAAGAUGCUUGGCCCCCUCCAAGAACUCGCCAACGCCGUCGACCCGGAGCGUAUACGAGUCCUGACUGUGCCUUUCGCCAACAAGCGGCUGCAGAUGAGCCACGGCAUCAAGAACACCACCACUGAUAUCAUUGUUUUCGCCGAUGAUGAUGCUAUCUGGCCGCCCACCCUCCUCCCUUACACCCUUGCAUGCUUUGAGGACCAGAAGGUUGGCGGUGUUGGAACAAGUCAGCGUGUCCAGUCUGUGGGCAAGCGGAUGACGGUGUGGGAAGUACUCGCUGCGUUUCGUCUCACUAUCCGAAACAUCGAGAUCUCUGCUUCAACGCAUAUCGACGGCGGUCUUCCAUGUUUGUCCGGGCGCACAGCCGCUUACCGUACCGUUAUUCUCAAGGACCCCGAAUUCCUCCACGGCUUCACCCACGACUACUGGUUGGGUAAAUACCAACUCAAUUCUGGUGACGACAAGUUCUUGACCCGCUGGAUGGUGAGCCAUGGAUGGAGUACCUACGCCCAGUGCUGCAAAGAAGCAGAGCUCUUGAGCACUAUGAAGCCCAAUUGGCGAUUCCUCAAGCAAGUAUUGCGAUGGACUCGAAAUACUUGGCGUUCCGAUCUCAGAAGUUUAUUCAUGGAGAGGCAUAUAUGGACGGCGCAUCCUUACGUAGCAUAUACGAUGGUUGACAAACUUAUCAACCCUUUUACGCUUCUCGUCGGGCCUUGUCUUGUCUCUUAUCUCAUAUAUAAGAGUACAAUACCAAUAGAGAAAGGCGGUUAUCAUUUGCCUUGGAAUAUUCUCAUAUCCUACCUUGUCUGGUUGUCUGCGACCCGUACAGCUAAGCUGCUACCUCAUCUAUGGACCCGCCCGCAAGAUAUCGUUUACGUACCCGCAUUCAUCCUGUUCGGAUAUUAUUUCGCUAUCAUGAAACUAUAUGCCCUCUGCACGCUUCACGAGACUGGUUGGGGAACUCGUGCCGGUAUCGGUGAUGCCUCCGCUGCGACUGCAGCCAUGGACAACAUGGGCACCCCGAACGAAAAGGCCGCACCAUCGUACAACCCAUCACAACAACCACAACCAUACUACAGCCAACCUCCGAACAGCAACAACAUCAGUCUAUCGCCGUUCUCGGAUCGGAACGAGGUUCCCGUAUACUCACAGAGAGGGCAGUCGCCGUAUCACCAAGGCGGCGAUGAUAUGCAGAUGGGUUAUGCAAAGUAA